GAUGGCAGCGGCGCCUCCAAGUCUGACUGACAGACUGAGAGACCGUGAGACUGAGAGGCUGAGCUACCGGUUUCCCGUCCUUUACCCCAGACUUUCAGACCUCAACACCUGCCCAGCAGCAUGGAGAACGGCGCGGAGACCACCGGAGACCCGGGGCUGGACACUGCCAUCAGACAGUGGUUGGAGUUUGACCGGAACGCCAAGACAGCAGCCUGCGUUCGAGAGAUGGUGAAGAACGGUGCGAUAGACGAGCUGAAGAAAUGUUUCGGUGCUCGGAUGGAGUUCGGAACAGCGGGACUGAGAGCUGCCAUGGGACCUGGAGUGUCUAGAAUGAACGACCUGACUAUCAUACAGACCACACAGGGUUUCUGUCGGUAUCUAGAGCAGUGUUUCACAGACCUGAAGGAGCGAGGAGUGGUGAUUGGCUUUGAUGCUCGUGAGCACACAGCUAGCGGGGGAAGCAGUAAGCGCUUUGCCUCGCUCGCCGCCGCCGUCCUCACCAGCCGAGGAGUUCCUGUUUACCUCUUCUCUGUCUUUACUCCUACGCCGUAUGUGCCCUUCACUGUGUCUCACCUGGGUCUGUGCGCUGGUAUUAUGGUGACCGCCUCCCAUAACCCCAAACAGGACAAUGGAUACAAGGUCUAUUGGGAGAACGGAGCUCAGAUCAUCCCCCCUCACGAUAAGGGAAUCGCAGCAUCCAUAGAGAAGAAUCUCGAGCCCUGGCCUGAGUCCUGGGACACCACCGCGGCCUCUCAGAGCCCCCUGCUGAAAGACCCCUAUCAGGACAUACACAGAGAAUACCUACAGGCCAUACAACAGCACUGCCUUCAUAGAGAGAUUAACAAGCAAUCAGAGGUGAAGAUCGUACACACCUCAGUUCACGGUGUGGGUCACGUAUUCGUUCAGGCUGCUUUUAAGGCUUUUGACCUUCGAGCUCCGUAUGCAGUCGAGGAGCAGAAAGAUCCUGACCCAGAUUUCCCCACUGUGGAGUACCCCAACCCUGAGGAAGGAGCUGGAGUGCUGAACCUGUCCUUUGCGCUUGCUGACAAAGAAGGAGCGACUGUGGUUUUUGCCAACGACCCUGACGCAGACAGACUGGCCGUAGCUGAGAAGCAGCCGAGUGGUGAGUGGAAGGUGUUCUCUGGUAAUGAACUGGGAGCUUUGCUGGGCUGGUGGGUGUUUCAGUGCUGGAAGCAGCAGCAUGGGGAAAAAAAAGCCGCAGUGAAGGACCUCUACAUGUUGGCCAGCACCGUUUCAUCCAAAAUCCUCCGUGCCAUCGCUCUCAAAGAGGGCUUUCACUUUGAGGAAACUCUGACUGGGUUUAAAUGGAUGGGAAAUAGAGGAAAGCAGCUACUGGAUCAGGGCAAGACUGUGCUGUUUGCAUUUGAGGAGGCCAUUGGCUACAUGUGCAGUCCGGCCGUGCUGGAUAAGGACGGGGUCAGCGCAGCAGCUAUUGCAGGGGAGUUGGUAUCGUACCUGGCAACCAAAAACACCUCCUUGUCUCAGCAACUCAAAUGUAUCUAUGAUGAGUAUGGCUACCACAUCACCAAGAACUCCUACUUCAUCUGCCACGACCAGAACACCAUCAAGCAGCUGUUUGAGCGUCUGAGGAACUACGAGGGGGAGAACUCGUACCCUAAAGAGUGCCGGGGUUUCUCCGUCACCGCAGUCCGAGACCUGACCACGGGCUACGACAGCAACCAGUCCGAUAACAAGGCUAUCCUUCCCACCAGUAAGAGCAGUCAGAUGAUCACCUUUACCUUUGCUAAUGGGGGCGUGGCCACAAUGAGGACCAGCGGCACUGAACCCAAGAUUAAGUACUACACUGAGCUGUGUGCUGCUCCAGGAAACAGUGAUCUGAAUCAGUUGAAGGCUGAGCUGGAUAGUUUGGUUGACGCCAUCGUGGAGAAUUUCUUCCAGCCUGAGAAGAACAACCUCGCCCCUCGUCCGGAUUCAUAGAAUACAAAAGAGCUCAUAUUCAUCAAGUAACAAUCCAGAAUCAGCUUCUACCUCUGAUAUUUACAAAUCCCUUUUUAUUCGUUUCUUUGUUUUAAUGCACCCAAACUCUACUCUGGAAUCUGCUGUUGAGUUGGGUUUUCUGUUUUAAUGAACAGAUGGGUUUGACAUUCCUGCUUUUCUGCAUCACAUUACCAGUCUUUUAAAGUCCCCUCUCAGAUGACCUGCACUAGGGAGACUAAUGAUAAUGACCAUCUUAACAAAUACGUUAAAUUAGCCCACUUACUGCACAACGAGUUCCCUGUUUAAAGAAUACUUCUGUGUUUUUCAGCCUGAUCUUAAUGUGCUUUAUCUGUAGAAUACACUCAGUCUUAUUUUUAAUUUUCUAUUCCCUGUUUCCUCAUUGUGGAUUUUGAUCAGGUUGGUGCCAAAAGGUUCAAAAAAGGGGAAAAGUACAGAACCAAACCAACACUGUAUUAAUCUACACUGUACUGUAGUACACUGCACUGUAUUGUACACGCCUGGUUCUAAACAGUACUAAAAUGUGUCUUUUCCAGCCUGAUGACAAAUUCUAAUUAUAAAUAUGCAUUUUAAAUCUGGACAAUGUUAGCUUUUUAAUAUUAAUUUAAAUUAUGUGUAAAGAGUAAAAAAAAGGGUACAAUGUAAAAGAAUUAAGAGCUACAGACUGUGACGCAAAUCGAUUUUUCUUAAUGUUUGUUUUUCCACUUGAUUUUUAAUAUUUCUUUCUCACUGUCCUUUGCAAACUGGUCAUUCCAAAUUUCCAACAACUACAGUAAAAAAUAUUUUAACCAAACUGAAUUUAAUUCUGGAUUGUGAUUUCAUUGUUAUUUACUUGAAAAUAUCUACAGUAUUUUACAAAAGUAAGUACACCCUUCAGAUUUCAGUAAAUAUUUUAUUAUACUUCAUAAUGGUAGAACACUGAAGAUAUGAAACUUUGAUACAAUUUAAAUAAAGUACCGUAUUUUUCGGACAAUAAGGUGCACUUAAAAUCCUUUAAUUUUCCAAAAAUUAAAGUCUGUGAGUGUAUGAAUUCUACCAGUCAGGUAAUAAGGAGUAGUAAAGCCACUCCACUAAAUCAAAGUGUUAUAAAGGUGAGGUUUUUUUUUAGCGAAGUUUCUCCAGCACUAAGGCUGGGUGCAGCAGCAUUAGCAUUAGCGGCUAACCACAGCGCUAGUUCUUCCACCGUUUAGUGGUGAGGAUAUCUGAAUGUAGUCUGCAUGUUUACGGUGUUAAAACAAGCUACAUGUGACAAACCUUUAGCUAUUUCCUCUCCGUUUCUUCAGGCUGUCUGUUGCUUAGUAGCGAGACCCGCAAUGCAUUUUGGGACACAUUUCGCUCGCUUAGUAAGCAGCAAAGUUUACUAUAAAUCAUGAUGCAUUAUGGGAGUUUUUAGUGCCCUCAAAAUCACGUUCGACCCCCCCCUUAAGAUUCGGACACUCAAAGAAAAAUGGCUGACAUACUCAAUAGUGCCCUAACUAGUAAAUAGGGAGCCAUUUCGGUCACAGCCCAUAUUUAACAAUAUGACACUAACAAGUCACAUGGGCACUUUAUCAAAGUAUGAUAUCUAAAGUGUUCUCCUGUGAAAAGGUAUAAUAAAAAAUUUAUAUAUAAGAUACUGUAUUUUUAUAGAUGGUGCUGGGAGCCAAGGGAAAGACUUUUACUCAUCAGGACUGCAUUGCUCAAACCAUUAAACCACCCUCUCUCUCAAGCCUUGAACUGUCAGUGACCAAUGAAAUUAGUUGUGGGUGUGGCCAUGAAUUGUAAGUUAACAGCAUUUUUAACUUCUAAAAUUGAUUUUGGCUGAAACAUUCAUAUCGGUUAGGCUCUGUUUAAUAAACAUAUGCAGGUGUGCAAUUUAUAAUUAUAACAUCAGAAUAACGUUAUAACGUCAGAAUACCCAGAAUAUCACUAAAAAUAACUUGAUUUUAAGCUAAAAGUACUAAUUCUUGUUUUAACCGAUUUUAAUGAGUCUGACUGGAUCACCUGUUGUCUGUUUUAACCCAGCAAAACAUUAGUUGUUUUCCAAGAAAAGCUGUACAGGACUAGGCUAGUACCGUUACUUGAGCUUGAACGUAUUAGCUAAUAUGUGAGUAAAACAGCGCUACUGAGGAACCUUUAUGAUUAAAAUAUCACUUCUAAAAUUAAAGUAAAUUUGAGUUUUUGGUCUCCGAAAACCUCUGGGAACAUUCCUUUUCGGUAGCCUUUGAUUGUUUUUUUUCCUGAAGGUUUGACUUGACUUUACACUUUUUCGUAUAAAGCUUGGCAUCAGUUUACUACUUUUUCACAAACUGUCUGUUUUCCACAUGAAUUACCAGAUGACUGUCUGACAUUUUUUUGUCUUAAUUUUAAUUACAUAUGACUUGAGGAGCACUGCUGAGGUAAAUGUAUGAUAAAACAGCGCUACUGAGGAUGAUCUAUGAUUAAAAUAGCACUGCUACAGUGAUACAAUUGUUGAUUGUUGGUCCCUAGAACAGAUUUUGGUCCUUAAAACAUUCUGGACACGUAAGUUUUUGAUUGCCCUUUGAUUGGAUCUCCAGGAAUGUUUUUGGUUUGCAAGUAGAUCAUUUUUGUAGUUUUGUUGUGGGUAAUAAUUCUAGUAACGUUAACCUAAAGUUCACAUAACGUUUAAAAACGAUUAAAAUCUCUAGAGAACCAGAUUAGCAGAGUAACUGUUGUUCUACACUUUUCUUUCUAACUGGAUCAUGGGAAAACCUUGCGAGAAUGUUACUAAAGCGUGAGAUAUAAAGCUCUGACUCAGUUUUCUGUCGGUCUGGUGGGGGUGGGACUGGUGACGUCACGGGUCAUGCAUUGUUUAAUAUCGCAAAAUAUAUCGUCAGAAAAAAUUGCACUGUCAAUUUUUUUUUCAAUAUCCUGCAGCCCUAUUUGCCAUUUACCAAAAGACUCGUACAUUUCUCUGUUUAAAUUUUAUUAGGUAAAUGUAUGAGUAAAACAGCGCCACUGAGGAACAUUUCUGAAUAAAAUAUCACUGAUAAAGUGAUGCAAUUGUUGGUUCACAGAAUGUUCAGAAAAUAUUUUUUUUUGUUUGUUCCCUAAAACAUCCUGACAGACUUAUCUCUACACGUCGCCGAUCAUGCUUGCUAACAGUUUAUCAGUUCACUACUCUUUCACAAACGGUUUGUUUUCCAGUAGUACGAGCCAGAGUAGUACGAGCUGUACAGGGCUAGGAUAGUACUGUUAGCUGAGCUAACUUAGCCUUAACCUUUGUUUAUUUAUCAAAAGACUGUCUGCUUGUUCUCUGUGUGAAUUCUUCUUAAAAUAGAACAUGUUUUUUACGUUAAUAAACGGUUCCCUAAAAACUACACUGGGGGAACCAGAAUCUAACGUUAUGGGAAAGUUCUGUGUUAGCCGAUAACUUGCCUAAAGAAUAAAACGGACUACUUUACCACUGUGCUGUAACUGUGCACCAGUUUAUUUUAGCACCAGCCAGACUCUGUGUUGUUUAAUGACUCUAGUUCUGUGUUAAAUGUACAGGUAUACUUCUGUUUGCCAAAUAGUUACAGAGCAUACUGGCCUCCAUAUUGAUGAUGAUGAUGAGGCCCUACUGUGAUGCUUUUAAUGGAGAUUACUGUUUACUUUGCCUUAAUAAACAGCAACAUGCAGUAAGA